AUGGGGUCACUGCCAGCACUGCCAUCUCCCUGCUCCCCCAAUUCAGGCGCCUUCAUGGUGCACAUGGCCAGCUCCUGCCCGCUGGCUGCCAACGGCUCUCUGCUGGGCUUCGACCUCACCGUGGCCUUCAACAAGAACCCCCUGGUGUGUUACGACCCCGACGUCCGCCGCUUCAACGCCUGCGAUUGGAGGCUGCUGCACGACGUGGCUGAAUGGAUUGCCAGUUCCCUCAACAACGACAGCACCUGGGUGCAGCGCGCAGAGGCGCGGAGACGGACGUGCAGCAAACUGGCUGCACAGUUCUGGGCACAGACAGCACUGCGGAGGACUCAGCCCCAGGUCCGCAUCAUCCCUGCACAGACAGGGAACCCCAGCGUGCCCAUCCGCCUCACCUGCCACGUGUGGGGCUUCUACCCCCCCGAGGUGACCAUCAUCUGGCUGCACAAUGGGGACAUCGUGGGGCCCGGAGACCACUCGCCCAUGUCCGCCAUCCCCAAUGGGAACUGGACCUACCAGACACAGGUGGCUCUUUCAGUGGCCCCGGAGGUGGGGGACACCUACACGUGCUCAGUGCAGCAUGCCAGCUUGGAGGAGCCCCUCCUGGAGGACUGGAGUCCUGGGCUGACACUGGAGGUGACUCUGAUGGUGGCUGUGGCCACUGUUGCAAUGGUGCUGGGGCUCGGCUUGCUCCUCAUUGGUGUCUUCUGCUGGCGGGCCCAGCCCCCUGCCCCAGGUUACACCCCACUUCCCGGUCACAACUACCCUUCAGGCAGCAUCUGAUGGACACCUUCUGUCACCCACUGUCCCUGCAUGUCCCCAUCCCCGACCCUGAGCCGUGGUGCUGACAUUAAAGACACUCUGCAGCCUC